AUGCACGUCAUUACAUCGCGGGCCGAGUUCACUUUAUCCUCACCAUUCCCUAAUACAACGAUUGACAUUACGUCGAUACACGCACAGGCAUAUUACGAGGAAGAGGAGGAGGUUGGCACCAUCGACUACCAGAUUCCGUUUUCCGUGCCCCCCGGGAUCUCAGUGACCCCGCGGCUGCCUGUUGCCUUGAACAUGGGAGGAAUUGGCGGUGAUGCCCUAAGAAAGGCCAUCGGAGGCACCCUCGAUUUGAGUGCUGUGGCCAAGGUGGGCGUUCAGAUUGAGCACUACAGGGAAACGGUGACGUAUCAUGGCAAGGGGAUCACGGCGCGAGUUAAGUGGUAAAGGCCUUCUGUUGGGCUUCUUUUUUUCUUUUUUUUUU